ACAUCUUCUUAUCCUGCCAGUUUCUGCCACACCUCCUCCCCGACCUUUGCUCUGGCUCCUGGCUUGUUUUCCUCUGCACCCAGGAACCACUUUCACUCCCUGCCUGUCCUUCCCACCAGCCACAGCAUGUGCACUGGCAAGUGUGCUCGCUUCCUGGGGCUCUGCCUCAUCCCUCUGUCCCUGAUCAGCAUCAUAUCCAACGCCCUCCUGCUGGCGCCUAAUGGGGAGACCACCUGGACAAAUAAUCUCAGCAAGCAAGUCUGGUACAUGGCUGGCUUCAUCGGCGGGGGCCUGAUGGUAUUCUGUCCAGGAAUCGCAGCUGUUCGGGCAGGGGGCAAGGGAUGUUGCGGUGCAGGCUGCUGUGGAAAUCGCUGCAGGAUGCUGCGCUCAGUCUUCUCCUCAGCAUUUGGGAUUCUUGGCGCGAUCUACUGCCUCUCAGUGUCGGGAACAGCGCUCCGUAUGGGACCACAAUGCUUAACAGAUGAUGACAAAUGGAAGUACCCCUUCGAAAACACUGAGGGCUCUUACUUGGUCAACCGUACUAUGUGGAGUUGGUGCGUGAAGCCUCCCAAUGUGGUCCAUUGGAAUGUGACGCUCUUCUCAAUACUGGUGGCCGUCUCGUGCCUGGAGAUCGUGCUUUGUGGCGUGCAGCUGGUGAACGCGGCCAUCGGCGUCUUCUGUGGCGACUGCAGGAAGGAGGACGCCCCUCAUUGAGGCUGCACGGACCGCCCCCUCCUGGAAGCUCAUUGCCCCCUCCCCCCCCUCCACUCUGGAAUAAAUUGGCUUGAGCUCUCUUCUGCUCUCACAUGUGCUCUAUGCGAAGAAUGUCCCGAGGCCUCCAGGUACAUCAGGCCUUAGGCCUUAUGGGUUUGCCCGUCAA